CCUAUCAAUACACUAUUCAAAAAUGCAUUUUUAUGAAAAUAAUGUGGCUCAAACAAGGGCUUAGUCUUCUAGCAUAGUGCUCUUCAUUGUAGAUUUGAACGCAGAUCUUCAGGAGUCUAACCAUUGCUUCUCAUUUUUCCUCUUUUAUGGUAACUUUAUUUUUAGCAUUUAGAGUAGUUAUAGGUAGAUUCUAUGCACAAAUAAAGUUCAUUUAGCCACAAAGGACUGAAAAAGGAUGCAAGUUUGCUUCUCCAAAUUGUUAGCUUAGGUUACUUGUCUGGUGUUGCACUUGUCUGUGUGGAAGCAUGUAGCUUAUGUACUGGCAAAUAUAUGGAAGGUUAUCGUCCGCUAAUUAAUAGACAUCAUGAUUUAUGAGUCUGUAGGUUUCUUGUAAUGCUACUUUGCUAACAUUCUUCUUGGCUUUUUUUUUUGUAUAAAGUUAUGCAGCAGUGACUGAUUUAGCUCAGUGCUUGUGUUAUAUCUGACCGGGAUUUUGAAUUCCAAUGUUUUUAUCAAUUCAAAAUUAUGAAUGUUAGUUUUAUUGAUCAACAACCUGAUGUAUGUUAGCAGUGGUUACACCCAUAAUGCAGGCUGUAAGAACUGUGGUUCCAUUUUCUGGGUCUUCUUUAUCCUGCAGACAGGAAAAGGCUUUUCCAGAUGAUUAAUGAUGUCCCAACUGUAUUUGAAGUUGUGACGGGAACUGUUAAGCAGGUAAAGGACCAAGUUACUGCUCCCAAUAACAAUGGCAAGAAUAAAUCUAGUGGGAGAGUGCCAUCUCGGCAAUCUGAACCCCAGCACAAGGCCGUGAAGAUGCCUGCCCCAAAAGAAGAUGAUGACAGUGGGGAGGAGGAAGAAGAAGAUGAUGAACAGGGAGCAACCCUCUGCGGAGCUUGUGGGGAUAACUAUGGUGACGAUGAAUUCUGGAUUUGUUGUGAUAUCUGUGAGAGAUGGUUCCAUGGAAAGUGCGUGAAGAUUACACCUGCAAAAGCCGAGCAUAUCAAACAAUACAAGUGCCCUGGUUGCAGUAGCAAGAGGGCUAAAGUUUAAUCUGUCUUUUUGAACUUGAAGGUCAACAUCAGUCAAGUGGGGGAUUAGAAGUUUGGAACCUUUAGUUUAACAUUUCAAAGUUAAAAACUUUCAAAGUCAGUGGCACAUGUUAAGUUUAUUAAGUAGAGUGUCUGCUAAUAGGAUCUGGUUUUUAUGAACGACUUUGACAUUUCUUUCU